AUGGCGGGGACACGUCAGUUGUUGCCGCUGCGGAGUCCCUCCUCCUCCUCUCCCACCGCGGGCAGGCCCCGCUGGCGCAGGGGGCUGGGACGGGCCCGGCCCUGCCCGCGGGAGCGCAGGGACUCCCUGGCGGCGCUGGGGUUGGAGGAGGCGCGGAGCGGGGCCCGCGCCGCCGGAGCCGGAGCCUGCGGCGGCAGCGGCGGCCCCGCGGGAGGCGGGCAGGCGGGUCGCCAUGGCGACCGGCGGCCGGGGGGCGCCGGCAGCCGCGGCCUGUCCGCCCCGGGCAGCGGGGGGCGGGCGCUGGGUGCGCCUCGGGCCCGCAGCUCCGGCCGGGAGCCGCGGAGCGCAGCCCGGGGCGGGUUCCUGCUGCCGGCGCUCCGCUCCGGCGGCGCUGCCGCAGCGCAGCACCGGGCCGGACGCAGCGAGCCAGGCCAGCGCACCGGCGUCAGUGCCGGCGCUGCCCGUACCCUGGAACAAGUGGGGUCAAAGUUGCCAAGGCAGUUGAAGAAGGCAUCAGAACAGCUAUUCUGGGCCACAUCAAGGCAUGUACAACACCAUGUUCUGCACAAUCAUGUUUCAUCUUCCUGCACUCAACUCUGUCUGUCACAGCAAGGAGCUCAAGAAAGACAUGCUUUUAAAAUUAGAGAUACAGCAUGGUUUCUGCAAGGGAAAGCUAAACCCCACAAGUGUGAUCAACCUGUUGUGAAGAAGGUGGUGAUUAUGUUUAUCCCAAAAGCUCCUGAUGUCACUCCUGGGAACCAAGAUGCUGUUUCACAAGAGCUAACUGUGCUGAGGCUGGAAAGCACAAAAAUGGUGAUUCUACAAUGCUGUGUGGGCAGCUCUGAGAUACAUGUGGCGUUUACAGAGAAGAAGAAGGAAUGGAGACAGGAAAUACAGCUUGAUGCAAGCAAAUGCAAAUGUUGGUGGAAAGAAAACUUGUUUAUCUAUCACACCAGUUUUUCCAUGAGAUUUUGGAAUGAAAAACUCCCAGAAAUAGGGAGUUAAAUACAUACACACACACACACACACACACACACACACACACGUAUGUGUGUGUGUAUGUGUAUAUAAAUGUAAAAUCUCAGUGCUAAGAAUGGACAGCAGUAUAGGGGAUUCCAUCUCCCUAAAUGAACUCAAACCCAUGGAUGGAAAACAGUGCCACGGUCCCAGUGGAAGGUAUACAGGUGCUAGGCUCUGCCUUGCACACACCAGUGCAGGUAUCUGGGUGGAAGCUAACUCCAUGGCCUGGGCGACCCUUCAUCAUCAGUGGUGAGACAAUCAGACACUUUUCUCCACUUCAGCCUCAGUCUAAAACAUCUGAGUGAGAGCAACUCUGCUUUAGGUCCUUGGCCUGCAGUUUCAGGGGGGAUAAGCACCUAAAUGCCAGAGAGUCAUAGAAUCAUUUAGGUUGGAAAAGACAUGUAUGAACAAUAAGUCCAGCCAUUAACCCAGCACUGCCAAGCCCACCAAUACACCAUUUCCCCAAGUGCCAUACCUACAAUACCUUUUGAAUACCUCUAGGGUUGGUGACUCAACCACUUUCCUGGGCAUUGUGUUCUAAUGAUUGACAACCCUUUCCAUGAAGAAUUUUUUCCUAAUAGCCAAUCUAAACCUCCCCUGAUGUGACUUGAGGGCUUCUCCUCUUGUCCUGUCAAGAGGAUACCUGGGAGAAGAAGCUGACCCCCACUUGACUACACUCUUCUUUCAGGGGCUUGUAAAGAGCAAUAAGGUCACCCCUGACUCUCCAUUUCUCCAGGCUAAAUAAUCACAGCUCCCUCAGCUGCUCCUCAUAGCACUUGUGCUCCAGACCCUUCACCAACCUCACUGCCCUUCUCUGGACUCACUCCAGCACCUCAGUGUCCUUCUUGUAAUGAGGGGCCCAGAACCCAAAACAGGAUUUGAAGUGUGCCCUCACCAGUGCUGAGUACAAGGGCUCAAUCCCUGCCCUGAUCCUACUGGCCACACUAUUCCUGAUGCAGGCCAGGAUGCCACUGGCCUUCUAGACCACCUUUCUUGUUGCUAGAGGAGCAGAAAUAAGGAUGGCCGAAAGGGCCACGCUCAAUGAGGCUGCUCAGGAGGCUCCAGGGUGCUGGGCCAAGUGUCCCAGGACAUGAUAAGCCCCUCUGCAGGCAGGAGAUUUUGGCGGGAGUCCGUCCUGUCCACUGGAUCCCAUUCCCGAUGCAGCUCUCCCCAGGUGUCUGUGCCCCAGAUCCCAUUCCCGAUCCCAGCUCUCCCAGGUGUUUCUGCCCCAGAUCCCA